GCGGAGCAGCAUCUCAUCCCGGGAUCGGCUGAGGUUUUCGCGUCGCGCGCCCGUCGGGUGGCCAAGUCUGUGUCCCCCUCAGCCGCCGCUGCUGCCCCAAACUUUGGCCAGCGUCGCCCGGGCUCCGCGCCAGGGACGAGCCAGGAAUUUUCAAGAUGAAUUAUACUAAGUCCAGCCCACUGGCAGAAGCAACUACAAUAGGUUUUACACCUGAGUUAGAAAGAAUCCUACCUGUGCCUUCCAAUGAGACCACUUGUGAAAACUGGAGAGAGAUACAUCAUCUAGUUUUUCAUGUAGCAAAUAUUUUUUUCGCAAUUGGAUUGGUUAUUCCAACUACACUUCACCUUCAUAUGAUACUUCUUAGGGGGAUGUUAGCUGUAGGAUGUGCCCUUUAUGUCGUCUGGGCCACUCUCUACCGAUGUGCCUUGGAUAUCAUGAUCUGGAACUCGGUGUUCCUGGGGAUCAACAUUUUGCAUCUUUCAUAUCUUUUGUACAAGAAAAGACCGGUAAAGAUCGAAAAGGAACUCAGAAGCAUCUACCGGCGAUUGUUUGAACCCCUCCGUGUGUCUCCAGAUUUGUUCAGAAGAUUAACUGGACAGUUUUGCAUGAUCCAAACGUUGAAAAAGGGCGAGAGCUAUGCUGUAGAGGAUCUAACCUCAGUUGACGACCGUCUGAGUAUUCUCCUGAAAGGAAAAAUGAAGGUUUCCUAUCGAGGACAUUUUCUGCAUAACAUUUACCCCUGUGCCUUUAUAGAUUCUCCUGAAUUUAGAUCAACCCAGAUGCACAAAGGUGAAAAAUUCCAGGUCACAAUUAUUGCAGAUGAUAAUUGCAGAUUUUUAUGCUGGUCAAGAGAAAGAUUAACUUACUUUCUGGAAUCAGAGCCUUUUCUGUAUGAAAUAUUUAGGUAUCUUAUAGGAAAAGACAUUACAAACAAGCUCUACUCAUUGAAUGAUCCCACCUUAAAUGAUAAAAAGAUCAAAAAAUUGGACCACCAGCUCAGCCUUUGCACUCAGUUGUCCAUGCUGGAAAUGAGGAACAGCAUAGUCAGCUCCAGCGAAGACGAAGACGGCUUACACCAAUUUCUUCGGAACACCUCCAGCGUAUCCUCUCUUCAUGUGCCAUCCCCACACCAGCGAGCCUCAGCCAGGAUGAAACCAAUAGAAGAAGGGGUGGAAGAUGACGACGAAGUCUUUGAACCUGCAUCUUCAAAUACAUUUAAAGUUCGUCAGUGGCCUUGAUCCCAAGAGAGGAUUCAAGUUACCAAGAGGGAAACGGUCUUGGAGAGAUCCUGAAAAAUACCAGCACUUUUUCACGGCUUUUAGAUUUUUUUCUGCUUUCAUACACCCAGCUUGGUAGAGUCUGAGGGUAGGAAAGUGGGGGAGAUUCAAAAAUGGGAAGGUUACCUUCUCUUUUUACUGGUCAGCUUUUAGUUUCACUGAGCCUUCUGACUAAAACGUGUGCUAUUUUUGAGAGAGAUAUUUUCACAGUGUUUUCUAGAUAUAUUAUCACUUAAAUUUAAAAAAAAUCUUAGUGCUUUGUCAUUUCAAAUGCCUUCACUUAUCUUCCAAGUUGUUGUUCGCUUUCAUCAGACAGUUUAUCCUCUGCUGUGGCAAUGGGGUUGUCCAUUUGAUUGAGGUGGAGGGAAUGUUUAAAAAAAAAAAAAAAAGGCAGGGAAUCUCAGGCUUGGCUCAAUGAAUUUUCUGGCUGGAAAAUUUUAAAGAAAGAUGUGAUGUGACUCAUGUAUAUUUUUUCUCUCAGGCCAGAUACAUCAUUCUACUGGAAUAUCUCACCUUUGUGGACACUAUGGAUAGGUUGAUAAUGGACAAAGCUUGUCAGACUUGACUCACAUUACCCUGAUAUUACACUGUUUGGAAGUUGGGAUGCACCCUGGAAGGCGACAGUGGAAGCACUUCUGAGCUCAGGGUUACCCUUUGGCUAAACCCGCCCAGCUGUGACGUGGAGCCAUCUCGCCCCAUGCUCUGCUGCAGGAAGCACAUGACUGGGGGACAGGAGGACUGCAGAGUCAAGUGGUCAAAGAAGCGUCCCAGAGUGACGAGGCUGACAGAGCCACCGCACUCUCUGGCUACUGCUCUGACGUUCAGAUGGUUCCUCCAGGGGCACAGAUGGCUCCUUACUGUGUGUGUCAGAUACAAGAUGCCAGGGCUGCAAAUGGAGACACAGCUGUGAGGCAGACGGUCCGCCACAAGCUCUCCUGUGAUCACCCAACCUAGAGAGUGCUCCGAGGACCUUGAUUCUAGAUCUCUCUUUUCCACCAGUUGUGAUUCCAGACACGGUGGUAACUUGGGAAAUUUGCUUAAAUCAUCAAGCGGGUCGGUGUGACUGUGGCCCUUCACCAGGCCACCCACAUUUGAGGGAAGCCCCCCUGAACGGCUGUGCUCCAUCAUGCCCCACUAACUUCAUCUUGUGUACUCCAACUCUGAGUUAGACCCAUUAUGUUAAAUAACAAGAAAAGUCGCAUAUGAAAUUAUUUUCAGGUGAGCUGAGCCAAAAGCAUCUUUUGCCAAGAGGUGAUUUCUAUGAGAGAAGAUAUAAAACUCAACUACCCCAGGGUCACUUCAUUUUCCUAAACUUAUUUUUUAAAGCCAGCUAUUUUAGUAAUUUCACUUGAGUCAAAUUUACAUGCUUGAUCACUCACUGAGAAAAAUUCCACAGACUGGGUAUCCAGCUCCUAACACGUUCAUCAAAUGAAUAGCUUGUUAACCUCACCAUAGAAAGGCUAAUUUCACUUUCUGCUGUAGUGGUCUCUUCUGUUUGCUACAUUAAGAUUUUAUUUUGGGGAAGUGAAACAAAGGUGAGUGAAUGACUUUACCUUGACUUUAAGACUUAAGAUAUAGCAGGUUGAACUUUCUCUCAGUGCCUGAAUCAAGUGUAUGAAGUAACGGUGUUAAUGCCACUUUAACUAUUGAAGUGACGCUAUGUAGGCCGUUGAGUUUAUACAUGCCUAGGACUAAUUUAUAAAAUCAUUCAACAGAGUAAUUAGAUAUUACACCCUUGUCUAAGUAGAAAACAAUUUUAGAUUCUACAAAAGCCAUGUUUGUAACAUUCUGUGAGUCCACAGAACCUUGAGACUUUCUUACCCUGACCCAUUUUCAGACGUGUCUCACUUAGUCACCCUUAGACAGCAGAGGGGAGCAUCUCUAACGAUCAACCUGGAUGUGUUUAGAGGUGAGUCUCUGUCGUGCUGGAAAAGCACACUGUUUAAAAGCACGCUGCUAAAAUUAGGUAAUGUGAAGUCAUCUACUUUUUAAAUGUGUUUGUGUGUGUCACUGCCAUCGAUAAUGAAGGUUAUAAUCUCAAGAUUAGGAAUCUUCAAAGAGCCACUUAUCUUGAAUAGGAAACAUAAAACUAUCUGUAAAUACAUCCCUCUAAGGAUGACAGUGAAGGAGCCAAAGCCAUUGAGUAGUCCUCCCAUUAGACUUGAUAGCAAAGAAGCAGAUAAGAAAACAUAAAAGAUCUCCUAUAGAUGAUUUUUAUAGAUUUGUGGACGCAAGUGUAUCCUUGUAUAACAUGUAGAUUAAAAAAAAAACACAUUUGUUGCCAAAGCGACCAAUAAAAUGCUUCCUGUGUUUUUUGGCCUUCACUUAGCUGUGUGACCAAGGUCCAGAAAAUGGCCUAUAAAAAUUACUCUAUUUAUCACCCCAAAUCCACUGUUGAAAUGUAACAUCAAGUUCCUUGUAUGAAGCUGGAGUCAACAUUUAUACCAGAAUGUAUGGCAUUUAUAAUAUUCUGCAAGCUCUCAUAAAUGUAUUUAUAAAAUAAUAGCACAAACCCUAUGAUGUUUAUAGAUUUAAAUUAGUAAUAAUGGGUGCUAUAUAAUUAUUUUUCAGUUACCUCCUUGGCUCCCUGGGAUCUUUUCUGUUUCUCCCUGUGGUUCAUUUCACUUUAAUCAUUUUGUACCUUUGUGCUUUGCUGCCAACAGUGUGCUGUGCCCACUGGGAGACACCACCUUCUGCGCAUCUGGUUCUCCUUCCACACGCCUGAAGCUUUUCCGAUUUUGUAACUUGGAGCUGCCGAUUCUUGCUCCCCAGGUCCUAUCGUGUGGCCUCAAAGGCAGAGUCACUUAAAUGCUGGAAAAAGUAUUUAGUAGAGAAAGUUACGUAACUACACUCCUAGCUCUGUCCAUGGUGCGCCCAGCUGACGACCUUGUCCUCUGGUGAGGAUAUAAUGCUAGUGUGUGUGGCAUCCAGCCGAGCCCUUGGGCCUGCUGGUUGGUCCAGACCCUGGGGUGCAGCUCCAAGGAUUCAGUUACUAUUUUUAAAAUCCAUUUUCCUGGUCAUUUGUAAAGCUGCUCUGCAGAAACCGUGGAUUCUGCCACGUUUCCCCUCCCUUCCCUCUUUCCUAACCUGGUUUCACAACCUUUUUCUAAUUAUGCCCAACUAGAGUGAUUAGAAAUUCCCACCCACUCAAUUCCAGUUCCCUGGGAUGUGACGGGAUAGGACUGUGCCGGGAGCUCAAGGUCGUUUCACACUCACGACACAUCUCACUGACACUCUGAUCAUUACAGGACCCCCAUGACAUAUUGUAGGGCAAGUUUAAGAAACUCACUUUAAGCACUAUUUACAGAUUUUACCAAUAUACUUACAACCUAGUUUUAAAGUACCUGAGAAUUUUGUGAAUACUUUGUACAGGCAUAGUGUUUAUAGGAAUUGCAUUCUUUCUGCUUUGAGGUGCCAUUUACAUGGAUAUCAUUUUACUUUAUAGUAAAUUUACAUUUUGUCUGAAUAGAGCUUUGUAGUUUAAAAUACAUAUUUUGUCAUUUGAUCAAAUAAACUUCUUACUUGGAA